AUGCCUCAAUUUCACUCAUCAGUUAACCCGUCGAUUGACUUACACUUUGCAAGUCCAAGCAAUGUUGAAGAGAUACUGAGUACCACACCUGACUCUAGGGAAGUUGAAAGUUUGUCUACAUCCACUAUUCCUAAUACUGUUGAAUCCAAAGAUGACGAUGAGUCUAGGACACAGAAUAUAGUGCAUACUGAGGUGAGCGAUAAUAUUGAGGAGCCGAAGCUAGGGAUGCUAUUUAAAUCUGAAGAAGAAUUAUUUUCGUAUUAUAAGAAAUAUGGAAAACAAUGUGGUUUCGGGGUAAGUACGCAGAGUAGUAAGAGGUUCAAGGAUGGAACUCUCAGAUAUAUCACACUUGGUUGUGCUCGUGGAGGGAAGGCACGGAAUCGGACAUCAAAUGUCGCCAGACCACGUCCGACAUCAAAAACAGAAUGUAAGGCAAAGAUAAAUGCUACGUUUGUUGAUGGGAUGUUGAAAGUGUUGAGUGUACACAAUGAGCACAACCAUGGUCUAAGUCCACAGAAAUCAAGGUUCUUUCGUUGCAAUAGAGAAGUAAGCGAGUCUGUAAAGAGAGUCUUAGAUACAAAUGAUCAGGCGGGGAUCCGAAUGAAUAAGAGUUUUGCUUCUCUUGUACAAGGAGCGGGUGGGUAUGAAAACUUGUCAUUUUUAGAGAAAGAUUGUCGUAAUUACAUUGACAAGGCACGCCACAUUCGAGUUGGGAAAGGUGGCGCUGGAGCCCUCCGUGAGUAUUUUGCUAGGAUGCAAUACAAGCAUGAUGCAUUUUUUGCACUAAUGGAUUUGGAUGAUGACGGAUUGAUUUCUAGUGAGGAUACUGAAACGUUUAUAUGGUUGUUUGAGACUUGGUUGAAUUGUAUGGAUGGUAAUGCCCCGAAGGCUAUUAUCACGGAUCAAGAUAGAGCAAUGAAAAAUGCCAUUGCUACUGUCUUUCCAAAUAGCCGACAUAGAUUUUGCUUGUGGCACAUACUAAAAAAAGUACCUGAGAAAUUAGGUUCCCACAGUGCAUAUAAAACGAGGUUGAAAAGUCAGUUGCUCAAGUGUGUGUAUGACUCACAGACCAUUGAAGAGUUUGAAAAAUGUUGGGACAUGUUACUUACGACUUACAAUUUGCAGGAGAAUGCCUAG